AUUGGGGAGGGGGUUGUUGGUGGAUUCCUUUUCCCUUCUCCUCCGCCUUUUUGAAUCCGUUCUUCUUUUUGAAUUUUGGAAGAGGAAGAAAAGAGAUCCUCUUUAGGAGCGCGGGUGCUUUGCGCUGCGCGACCUUUCACUUUGAGAUCCUAUCUUGGGGUUUGUUUGGGUUUUUUUUCCCCCCACUUGCGUUUCAAAGCCCUGCCAAGUCCGGUUUCCAGAGCUUGUAAUCGGCGUGCACAAAUCGGAGUGGAAUUGCCUUGAGUGGGAGGGAAAGCUGCAUCUGUUGUGUUUUUGCCUGCGGGAGUAGAGCCGGUGGUUGCCAGAGUUGCCAGUUUUUUGCCUGGUCGGUCAGUGCCUUCUUAGCCUGUCACCUCGAGCAGAAAUGCAGUGGCCUAAAUCCUUCGACAUCAAUGCCCUUCUUUCUCAAAAUCUUGAGAAAAGAUUUUACUGCUUGAAUCCGUCCAGUCAACCAGAAGAAAACAGUUCUUCACGGAAUCCUCUUAAAACUUGUCCAGCAGAGGAAAGUUUUUGGUAGAAACUGUCUGAUAGCAUCACUUAAGGAAAGCACCUUACAUGCUUCUCGGUUCAAAUAUUAAAUCUGGGUUCACACUGAACAUGCAAGACAAAAUGUAGCUGUUGGUGUUGACAAGAGCUGGAAAAAAUCUUGCUGAAAACCUGGGCAGCUAUCACCUCACAGGGUGCUUGUUGUGGGGAAAAUAAGAGGAAAAUAAGAGUAGUAUUAGGUUUAAAAAGAAGUACAGGUAGUCCUCGACUUACAACAGUUCAUUUAGUGAUUGUUCAAAGUUACAACAGCACUGAAAAAACUGUAUCAGUGGGAACAACUUUCAGUGUUGAAUACAUGACUAAGGAGCUGCUACCAGAACAAAAUGGAGAGCUUGAGUCUACAGGCGAUGACCCUUUCUGAUGGGACAACAGCUUAUGUUCAGCAGGAUGCAGGUGAAGAGAAAUUAGUUGACGGACAAGUGAUUGAACUUGAAGAUGGAUCUACAGCUUUUUUCCAAGAAGUAACACUGCAGAAAGAAUCGAUCACAUUUGAAGAUGGUCAGCCUGUUGCACUGGAAGAUGGAACCAUGGCUUUUAUACAUCACACUCCCAAAGAGGGUUUUGACCCCAACACCUUGGAGGCCAUCCAGCUGGAAGAUGGAUCCACAGCUUUCAUACACCGUCCUGUUCCCACAACAAUGGAUGGCACCAUCCUGGCAGUGCAAGAAGAUGUGGGGCUGGAGGAAUUGGCAGUAGGGAAGAAAGAUGAUGCUUUUGAUUUAGAUACUGGUACCACUCUGAAGGAUUACGCCAGCAAGCAAGACUUCCAGAAGGAAGAAGUGCAGAGCACUGGAAAUGGACCAAGAACUCCUGACAAAGCUUAUUGUUGUAGACAUAGUGGGUGUAGUCGCCUCUUUACUACAUCCCACCAUUUGAAGGUUCAUGAGCGUGUCCAUACAGGCGAUCGUCCAUACCAGUGUGAUUUUGAAAGCUGUGGGAAAACUUUUGCUACAGGAUACAGUCUAAAGAGCCAUAUGAGAACCCACACUGGUGAGAAGCCAUACAAGUGCCAAGAAGAUUUAUGCACCAAAGCCUUCAAGACUUCUGGAGAUCUCCAGAAACAUAUCCGAACACAUACUGGUGAGCGGCCUUUCCGGUGCCCUUUUGAAGGCUGUGGACGCUCUUUCACCACCUCCAAUAUACGCAAGGUCCAUAUACGAACACACACAGGAGAGCGACCUUAUAUGUGCUCAGAGCCCAACUGUGGAAGGGGUUUCACUAGUGCCACCAACUACAAAAAUCACAUGAGAAUCCAUACAGGGGAGAAGCCAUAUGCAUGCAUGGUACCAGGCUGUGGAAAAUGCUUCACAGAAUAUUCCAGUCUCUACAAACACCACGUAGUUCACACACAUUGCAAACCAUAUACUUGCAACACCUGUGGCAAAACCUAUCGGCAAACUUCUACUUUGGCAAUGCAUAAACGUACCGUGCAUGGGGAACUGGAGGCCAUGGAUGACAGUGAGCAAGCUCUCUAUGAACAUCAGAUGGAAGAUACCAUAGUGAAUAACAACAGGCCUCCAUUGAAACGUCAAUGUAUUAUUUCUAUGAAGAUGGAAGAUGAAGUGCAGGAAGAUUCCAUGUCAUCGGCAGCAGCUCUUGUUUCUCAGGAUGGCGUAGAGCAAUUGGAAAUGCAACAGAGCCUGGAAAGUACAAUCAACAUGACAACUACAGUUCACCAAGAAGCUGCAACUUUGAAAACAGCUACAUUGAAAAAUGGAUGUUGAGAUUUUAUCUUCAACACUUGAAGAAAGAGUGAAGAGCUACCUAGAAACAAAAGUCAUUGGACAGACAACAGAUUCUACAGGGGCCUGCAGUUCAGGAGUCAGAUGACGGGGAACUAAAUGCCCAUUGGACCUGGAGAGAAUUUUUAAGAAUUGUUCACUGCUAGUCAGUAGAUAUUGAUAACUGACAAGAACAGAUGAUAAAGCAACAUUUUUGCCUGACACUUUUUAAACAAAUGGAUCUGUGAUAAGCUUUAAGAAAUCAACUCAUCUGAGAUAGGGUUUGUCUUAUCAUUUGGAUCUUUUUCAUUUCUGGUACAUAUUAAUGAAAUGACCACUUUUGGAUUAGAAAAUAUUUAAAAUUGAACUUUUAUUGGAUUUCAGCAACAAGAACUUUUAUCAUUUCAGAAUGUUAUAAUGUAUGUGUUUAGCGGUGAAUGUCCAGAAAGGGAUCACAGCUACUCCAUAUCCUAGAGCAGUGUUUCUCAAUUCAGCAAUUUUAAGAUGGGUGGACUUCAACUCUCAGAAUGCUAGGAGUUGAAGUCUACACAUCUUAAAGUUGCCAAGGUUGAGAAACACUGUUCUAGAGAAGUAUCAAUAUAAAAGCAAUGAAGUGUCCUCUAGAUAGGAAUAUCAAUGGAAGUUCCAAGAUAUAUGGCUAUGGGGACAAGCAAUAGCAUUAUGGAAGUUUUCCUUGCCCCCCCUACACCACCUAAUAUACCAGAGUUACCUCUAAAUCUUAGCAAGAGUCUAAAUUGACAGGUAAAAAUCUACACUGAACUUGGAGGUAUAUUAAAUUGGUUCUGUGUAAUGUUUUAUUUUCUUUUACCCUGAAGAGAUAAUAGAAGGUUUGGAUAUGUAUUUAAUAAAAAAUUGAAAUUGUUUUUCUAUUUUCAAUACUGGUAACAGCUUCAGCUUUACCAUUCUAUUCCUCUUUUAGUCCUAUAUAGUUAGUUUAUUUGGAAAAUUAAGUAUAUAUUUUCCAGCCCCCAGGAGUCCUUAGAAGAUCAGGAGGGGAUUUUAAACUUGUUCCUACCACUAGUGAUUAAUAUAAAAAAAUAUGUUUCCUUGUUGCUAAUUAAUAGUCAAGAAGCAGUAAUUUUUUUAUCAAGAAUUGUGAUGGUGGUAGAGAAAAGAGACUUUUCAGUAUACAUCCAAUCCUAAUGAAAAUGGUCAUUUCCCAAAGGUAAUAAGUGUUGUUUGAUUAUCUAUAAAAAGUAGUGAGGUUUUGUGGGCCACACAGAAUCAGACUACAGAUUGCCCACACGUUCCAGACAGGAUAUGGUAUUCUGCCAUCAAAAUGCAUGCUAUAUAAUCGGAAAGAAGAAAACAGUUGUGUCCAGCUUGCUUGCUGGACAUAGAAGAUUGUUUUAAAAGCAUCAUCUACUACAUUUGCAACUGAUGAUUUUUUGUAUUACUGUCUGCUGUAAUUCAUGAAAUAAUAUUGUACUGCUAAGUGUAUGGACAAUAUCUCCUAUUCUGCUGUUCAGUUACAAGCUUUGACAUGUACAAUGCGAUUUGACUUUUCAGUAGGACCUCAUCUACUUUAGGCUUGUAUCCUUGGAAAUAUUCCACUACAAUUUUGAAACUUUACUCAGCCAUUGCCCCUUUCUUUUGUGUUUAUACUUGAUCCCAGCACUUAAUUCCAAAACAAUAAUGUUACAGUAUGUAGUUAAGCUGCAACACUGAAAUAGAAAUUGGCUUAAGAAAAAUGAGUGUUCCUCUUUGUGCACUGAUUCUGACAAAUCAGAACUUUAAUCUCUUUGAGAAGGAGGUCAAAGAAUAAAGAGAAUUAAUGAA